ACGAAAUGUUCCGCAGCUGAAAAAGCCCCAAAUACGGAACUUAGAGAGAAAUUCAGACAAGACACACACAGAUACGCUCCAAUUUUAUCAAUGGCGAAGAAGGAAGACUCUGCCAGAGCUCCGCUGCAGCGCCCCACCAUUACUCUGCCGCCGCGCCCUUCCAUGGAGGCCUUCUUCUCCGGCGGACCUACCGGGGUUAGCCCUGGCCCUAUGACGCUCGUCUCCAGCUUCUUCGCCGAUGGUGCCGUUGACUCUCCCUCCUUCUCUCAGCUUCUCGCCGGAGCCAUGGGGUCGCCGAUGGCUAUGGGUUUCUUGGGGAGCGGGUCCACCCCCAAUUAUUACGCCAAGGAUGGGGGCGCCUCCGAGAUGGAAUUCGGCUUGAACAAGCACACCAAACCGCUCAAUUUGGUGGUUGCUCGCUCUCCUCUGUUCACCGUCCCGCCUGGCCUCUCCCCAUCCGGAUUGCUUAAUUCGCCGGGGUUUUUUCCUCCUCAGAGUCCAUUCGGARUGUCGCACCAGCAGGCAUUGGCUCAGGUUACUGCUCAAGCGGCACUGGCGCAUUCUCAUAUGCAUAUGCAGCAAGCUGAGUAUCAACAUUCUUCGGUGCCAGCUCCUACAGAAUCGUUGAGACGUGAUCCAUCAUUUACUCUCGAUGAACCAUCUCAACAGUCAAUAUUACCCUCUACAUCAGACACAAAAAGUUUCAUUGCGGAAUCAACAGAGGUCUCUCAUUCUGAUAGAAAAUAUCAGCCUCCUCCUCCUUCCCAUGCCUCUGAUAAACCUGCUGAUGAUGGCUAUAACUGGCGUAAAUAUGGGCAGAAGCUGGUUAAGGGCAGUGAAUUUCCACGAAGCUAUUACAAAUGCACACAUUUGAAUUGCCCCGUCAAGAAGAAGAUCGAGCGUUCACCUGAUGGUCAAAUAACUGAAAUUAUUUACAAAGGCCAGCACAACCAUGAACCUCCUCCAGCCAACAAACGUGCUAGAGAUAAUAGUGAACCAACUGGGUGUACAAAUUCUUCAAUGAAGCUUGAAUACGGUUCGCAAAAUCAAGCUGGAAAUUUUAACAAGUCAAGUGAAAACGUGCAAUUAGGGUCUAGUGACAGUGAAGAACAAGCUGAUACAGAGGUAACAGAUGACAGAGGUGAAGAUGAGCCAAAUCCAAAGAGGCAGAACAUCGAUGCAGGGACAUCUGCUGUUGCUUUGUCACAUAAGACGCUCACAGAACCAAAAAUCAUUGUUCAAACGAGAAGUGAGGUUGACCUGUUAGAUGACGGUUAUAGGUGGCGCAAGUAUGGGCAGAAAGUGGUUAAAGGAAAUCCUAACCCUAGGAGCUACUACAAAUGCACCAGUGCCGGGUGUAACGUGCGGAAGCAUGUCGAGAGGUCUUCAACAGACUCAAAAGCUGUUGUAACUACAUACGAGGGGAAACACAACCACGAUGUUCCUGCAGCCAGAAACAGCAGCCACCACACAGUCAACAAUACUGUACCGCAGAUCAAACCACAUAAAGUUGUAGCUCAGAAACACCCAUUACUUAAAGAGAGGGAAUUCGGAACCAAUGACCAGAGACCUGCUGUUUUGCGGCUUAAAGAAGAGCAAAUCACCGUGUAAAGUGCUACGCCGUGCAACCAGGUCAGUAGUCGAUUUCAAGUGACUAACCAGUUACAAAAAUGGAAAAAAGGAAAAAAAUUACUGCCAGUCACGUGGAAUUCAAAUUUGAUAGUCUGUGUAUGUGUUUUAGUUGAAAGAGCUAGCCAUUUUCCUUAUGCCUUCCUGCAAUUUACAUCCCAAAACUGUUCUCUAUAAUGCUGAUGCCAAGGAGAUACAAUACAAGGAAGGACAGUCAGACUGAUAUAUUAUAUGAUGAAAACAAUGUUCUUACUUCUGUUUAUUUCUGCUUCCCGAGGCUGUUUCACCAUUGGAGCUGAGGUGAAAAGUAUAUAUACUGCAUCUUACAAGGUAUAGGAAGUGGAGUAACCUUCCCCUGUAAUUUUAGAAACCUGUUGUGUAGUGUGACUGCAAAAUUCAAACCAGACAUUGUUAUUAUAUUUAUGUACUGUAAAAUUUCAUUGUUUUUGUAGUUCAGUUUAUACCAAAAUAUGAACUGUACAAAUUGUAGUUGUGUGUAUAAAAUUGAGAAUCUUGAUAUUGUUUCUUGCAAGACGAGUAGUUUUAUACAGUUGCAUUGGGAAAGAUGCUGUAUACAUCUCUGCAUUUGGUUGUGAUUGUGAAAGACAGUGAAAAGGUUGGAUUUUAAA